AACGUAUCUGUGACCGAACCAAACAUCAGUGGAGGAAACAAGUGCGCGACUGGAGAUUUCAAUUUGUUGCUGUAGUUUUCUACAUUUGUUCUCUUUCGUUGUGGCGAUCAUGUCAGACGAGGAAGAAGAUUAUAUGUCUGAUGCCUUUCUCAGUAAAAUACAAGAUGUGAAACCAGGAGUCAGCAUGGUGAAACGGGUAAAAGAAGCCAUAAAGAGGGAGACGCAGCAAAAGGAGAACAACAUCAAGAACCGUCAGAAGACUUACAAGGAGCAGGAAACGGAAAGUCGGGAAGCAGCUUUGGAGAGCUCCAUCAGCAACAACAACAGGGGAUUUGCACUUCUGCAGAAAAUGGGUUACAAAGCUGGUCAAGGUCUUGGGAAGCAGGGAGCAGGGAGGGUUAAUCCUAUUCCUAUUAACAUCAAAACUGACAGAGGUGGUAUCGGAUUGGAAGAGGUGAAGAAAAGAAAAGCAGAGGAGGAACUUGAACAUUAUCGACAGAAAGUGCGAGUCAAGCAACAGAAUGAGACCAAAUCCCUGGAAGAUUUUAGGUCGAGAGUAAGGACGGAGAGAGAAGAGCGUAAGAUUGAGGGGGAUCUCAGAAAGAGUCAGAGAGCCUGUGAGCAGCUCGACAGUCAGAAGGCCAUCACUGUCCCCAGAGAAGACUGGUACUGGCCAAAAGCAGAUGCUGAUGACGAGGAAGAUGCUGAUGACGAGGAGGAGGAAGAGGAGGAGGAGGAGGAGGAGGAGAAGAAGGAGGAAGAAGAGGAGAUUGUGGAAUUAACUUCUUUUGACAAACUGCAAAUUUUGACUUCCUAUUUGAGAGGAGUCCAUUUUUACUGCAUAUGGUGUGGGACCACCUAUAAUGAUGAAGAGGACUUAUGCUCUAAUUGUCCUGGGGAUACGGCAGCAGACCACGAUUAAACCUGAUAAAAAUAUGUUUCCAGUAAUUCUUGGUGAAAAUGCAGAUACAAACAUGUGUAAAGGAUUGCAGGCAGCAGCAGCUUGAAACAGGUUCAUUAGGUUAUAAUUAACUGCUGAGGCAGUGAAGUGAUCAGAAUUAUUUGAAGAUGUAUUCAUCAUCGCAUUUUAAUUUGUUGUCCAUCUAUGGAAUAACAUCACUGUUUAUGCUGUUUGUGAGUGGAAAUUCUUAUUUGUUUUUUUUGUCUAACCUAUAGAAAUCCUGUGGGAAGUUCAUGAUAGCUUUUUCCCAAUAUUUAUUUUUUGAUAAUAUGUACUGUGUUUUCAAUAAAUGUUUUCAGACUUCUA